ACACAACCAGUGGCAAAAGAUCUGUUUUAAUAUAAGUGAUAUGUUGAAAAAGUGAAGGCAAAAUGGUUUUGAAGUAGGUACGUUGGAAUAGGAUCGAGUGUACAGGAGGCAGAGUUUGAUUUGGUGAUUAGUUCUUCAACCACAGAUGUAUUUGUGAGCAAAAAAGCAAUUAGCGGAUGACCUAUCAGACAUGAAGAUGAGUAGGAAGAGACAGUUGGGGAAAGCGCUUGAUGAAUUUUAUCAAUUUUAUGUAAGAAAAAUGAGUUAAAGGGACAAUAAAUAGGAUUUACCACAUCUAGUGGGGAAAUUGUAUUUUGCAUUCAAACGAACAGUGCUCUCUAGCGCCUCGCCUUUCCAAAUGCGUGUUGCAACUACGGUAGGCAUUAUGUACUCACUGAUCUCCUUGUCCAUUGCAGCUGGUUCACGUGUUCUGAAUGAAAACGGGUUGUGGAAACGCGUUGGUAGGCUAGUGCUUUUUGUCCCUCUCUGCUAUUAUAGUUUAUCAAUACGGCGGAAUGACAUGGAAGCCUCCUUGGACUUACCCGUUCAAUGUAAGUAAAGAGAAGAAAUUCUAAGCUUACAAAGAAAAGUCAGAUCACUAGCAGAGGUCAUUUGACACCAACGAGGACAUAUUUAUGAAUAAAGACAUUGAUUUUGAUUAAUAAAACACUUAAAACCCUACUUACUGUCUCUUUAAAGCUUUCACAGAGAUCAGCAGAGCCAAUAAUAGCUACAUGCAAACUAUUUAGGGUUUAUCAAAUUUUUUGGCAUUCUGGCAUUGUCCUAUUUGUUAAUAUGUAUUCUUGUGCAUUGCUGGUAUUCAUUUAUUUGCAGGAAGAGUUUCUAUCAAAUGACUGAUUUGAAGUAAGACAUUCAUUUGAAAAUUUUCAAGACUCCUGUGUUAGACUUUAAUCUACUUAACAAAACACUGUCUGCAGUCUAGCAAUGAUGUUUGUAUACACUGCACUUAAAGCCUAAUCAUGAGCUUAACAGUACUGCUUUUAUUAUUGUUUUAAGUUACAAUGUGCAUUACUAUUAUGCAGCAUAAACUACUACUAUAUGUUCUUGUUUCUGUGUUUGUUUUAGAGAGAAAGAAGUAAAAACAACAUCAUGUAUGUGCGAGUGUAUUUGAUGUUAAUGAUCUACAUUAAACAGUGAAUGUGUAAAUAGACUUAUGGUUAGACUAACACAAGUCUACAACUCCCUUUUUGCUCAUUUUGAGGCACAUCAUCCGGCUGACAUUUCUUCUAAAAUCUGUGAAGAUGAAGUUUGAAAACUUGUUGGCUGAGGCGGGAGGUUUUGGAAAAUUUCAGAUCAGUCUCAUCCUCAUUAUGGUAAUUCCGAGAGUCACUUUACCGUUUCACUUCCUAUUGAUCAACUUCAUCGGUGCCAUCCCAUCUCACCACUGUGACAUCAGCAGUCUGGAUGCUGAUGGGAUCUUUGGGAAUCUGACUCAGGAGGAGAGACUGACGGUCAGUAUUCCGGCACAAGAAGACGGGUCUCCUGCUUCCUGUCACAUGUUCUCUCAUCCUCAGUUUCAUCUGCUGUCAAACUCAUCCAACACCACAGAUCUUCCUGUGGUGGAGUGCCAGAAUGGAUGGAAGUAUGAUAACAGCACUUUUAAAUCCACCCUGUCUACAGAGUUUGAUUUGGUGUGCAACAAGAGAGGUCUGAAUAAAGCCACAGCCACCAUCUUCUUCGUUGGUGUAAUGAUUGGAGCAGCAUUUUCUGGCUGGCUGAGUGACAGGUUUGGUAGGAAGCCCAUGCUCAUGGUGUCUUACCUCAUAACUGCUGCCUUUGGUGUAGCCAGUGCAUUCUCUCAGUCAUUCAUCAUGUUUGCCAUAACGAGGUUCUUCACUGGACUGGGCAUUACAGGGAUCAGCAUCAUCACCAUUGUUCUGUGUGUUGAAUGGGCUGGCAUCGAGCACAGGACGUUUGCUGGAGUUAUAAUCAGUCUCGACUGGUCUAUCGGCACUAUGAUAUUGCCGGGCAUUGCUUAUUUUGUCAAAGACUGGAGAAGUCUGGUUCUCGCGGUAACAGCUCCCCUCGCACUGGCUGUGAUCACAUGGAGGUGGAUCCCGGAGUCGGCGCGAUGGCUGAUUGUUAAUGGAAAGCUGGAAGAAGCUCAUCUUUACCUGAGCAAAUGUGCCUCAGUUAACAAAAAAGAAAACAGCCUCAAAGAUAUCAAACCGCAGACCCUUGCUGCUGUUAUAAUCACUGAAAAUAAAGGAGACAGAAAAUACUCAUGUCUGGACCUGAUAAGAUCUUCAAAUAUGAGGAAACUGUCUAUACUCUCAGGAAUCACCUGGUUUGGAGUAGCAUUCACAUACUACGGUAUCAGUUUGAACAUAACUGGCUUCGGAUUGGACCUGUACCUAACCCAGUUUAUUUACGGUGCCAUAGAAUUGCCAGCAAAACUGUUGGCUUAUGUGUGCCUAGAUAAACUGGGCCGUAGGUACAGCCAGGCAGGUUUGCUGGUUACAACAGGGGCCUGCAUUGGCAUCACUAUUCUCAUUCCUAGAGAUUUGUGGCUGCCUCGUACAGUCAUUGCUGUGUUGGGUAAAGGAUUCUCAGAGGCCGCCUUUACAUGUCUUUUUCUCUAUACCACUGAGAUAUUCCCAACCAUGUUACGGCAGAAUGGUUUAGGCUAUAGUUCAUUUGUUGGUCGUAUUGGUGUCUCUUUGGCACCUCUUGUGGUGCUACUGGAUGAGGUCUGGCUCCCUUUGCCACAAGUCCUCUUCUGCACUGCUGCCAUCGCUGCAGGUCUCCUUGCCCUUCUCCUUCCUGAGACCCGCAAUGUGCGACUUCCUGAAACUAUUGAGGAUAUUGAGAAAACUAGGAAAAGAUCCAUAUGUUCACCACUUCCGUGAAUUCCAGCAUGGAACCGACUCUCUACAUAAAGUGAAAAGAAAUCUAAUCUGUGGAAAUUAAUAAAAAUCAAAUUCUUUGCUGAA